AUGGAAUCGGGCACUUCUCUGGAAAUAGAUAGAAAUUACACAUCAUCAGUGGUCAUGUUUGUUUUCCUGGGAAUCACAGAUGAAAAAGAGUUGCAGCUCAUUCUCUUUCCAGUCUUCCUAGGAGUCUAUCUGGUGACCUUAUUCUGGAAUCUGAGUCUUAUUAUACUUAUCAGGAUGGACUCUCACCUGCAUACGCCCAUGUACUUUUUCCUCAGCAUCUUAUCAUCUAUAGAUGUCUGUUAUUCUUCUUCCAUCAGCCCAAGGAUGCUUUCAGAUUUCUUUAAGGAUGAUAAAACAAUUUCCUUUAUUGCAUGUGCUACCCAGUAUUUUGUUGCAUCUUGGAUGGGUCAGACUGAGUGUUGCCUCCUGGCUGCCAUGGCCUAUGACAGGUACGUGGCCAUUGGUAACCCGCUGCAGUACUCAGCCAUCAUGGCACCUGGGCUCUGUCAGAAGAUGGUGGCUGGGGCCCUGGGAACUGGUUUCAUCUGUAGUUUGCUUGAGACAAUUCCUGCCUUUCGUAUGUACUACUGUGGACCAAAUGUCAUUCAACAUUUCUUCUGUAACAUAUCUGAGAUUAUUAUCUUGUCUUGUUCUAGUCCCUUCAUCACCCAAAUGAUUCUGUUUUUGGCCAUUUUGUUUGUUGGCUUUGGUUCUUUCCUUGCUAUUUUGUUAUCCUAUGGUUUCAUCACAGCAUCCAUCCUAAAAAUGUCUUCCAUCAAAGGUAGCCUUAAGGCCUUCAAUACCUGUGCCUCACAUUUGGCAGUUGUAGCACUCUUCUAUGUCCCAGUCUUCUUUGUUUACUUACAUCCUCAUUCUAGACACUCUGAAAAGCAGGACAAGAUGCUGUCAGUUUUCUAUAUUAUCAUUACCCCCAUGCUAAACCCUCUUAUCUAUAGUCUGAGGAACAAGGAGAUCAAAGAAGCACUCAAGAGGAUGUUAAAGAAGGCUCAACAUUUUUUUUCAGUGAGUUAA